AGUUGUUGUAAGUCUCAUUGUAGGUAGCAGUCUUAAUUUUGAGGUAUAAAAAUAAUUGUAUUUUUACAAUAUUAUUUUAUAUUAUUAUUGAGGAAAGAAACCAUGAAGAUUCCUCACUGAGGGCUAAAAUUUAACAAUGGAUAACAAGACACCUUCAAAAAGCAAUUCAAGUAGUCCUAAUGAAAUAAACAAAACAACAAUAUUCAAACAGGAAGAACCUCAAACCUGGUUUUACUUUUGGACGAAACAGGUGUCGUAUAGAAUUCCAGCUCUCGUCUAUCUCAGUGACGACCGAAACUUCCUUGCCUUUGCUGAAAAGAGAAAAACUUUAAGUGACACAGAUGCAGAAGUGCUUGUGAUGAGAAGAGGAACAUGGAAGGAUGCAACGAAUCAAGAAGUUGAGUGGGUCAGUGAUCAGCAGCUGCUUACUUCAGCUUGUCUACCAGAUCACCGCAGCAUGAAUCCAUGUCCAGUCUAUGAGCGAGAAUCCAAGACCCUCUUUCUGUUUUUUGUCUGUGUUCCCACCGUGAUCUCUGAAAGAUAUCAAAUGCUGCAGAAUAAGAAUCAGGCAAAACUUCGUUACAUAACCAGUGAGGACACUGGCAAAACCUGGAGUGAUAUGAAAGACUUGACAAAACAUGUAAUCGGUGCGAAGGAGAAAAACUGGGCCACCUUUGCUGUUGGACCAGGACAUGGUGUUCAAUUGAAGAGCGGAAGACUGAUUAUCCCAGCAUAUGCAUAUAAUUUUGACUCCACAAAUGAGAAGCCUACAUCACAUGCAUUCACAUUCUACAGUGAUGAUAAUGGACAUACCUGGAGUACAGGAGACCUUAUAGAAGCUGAGUCUAAUGAAUGUCAGGUGGCUGAGAUCAUAGAUGACAGUACACUGUACUGCAAUGCUCGAAGUAAAUCUGGCAACAGAGUCGAAGCUCUAAGCCGCAGCAAAGGACAAGAGUUUGACAAAGCUUCUCUUCCAGAGACUGGUAGUGGUUGCCAAGGUAGUGUGCUGAAAUUUCAAAACCCCGAUAAGAGUACAUGGCUUCUCUAUUCUCAUCCAACUGAUAAAAAAGACAGAAAGAAUCUUGGAAUCUAUGUGAAUAAAUCACCAUUGGAUCUCACUCAAUGGAACUUGAAGGACACAAUUAAUAAUGGUCCAAGUGGAUACUCAGAUCUUGCUGAGUGUGCCAAUAGAGAGCACAUUGCUUGUCUCAUGGAAUGUGGGGAAAUAUCAGAAAAUGAAGAGAUAGCCUUCAAGUUUGUCAAAAUCAGCGACACUAUGGAUCCUCCAAAGAUGUUGAGAACAGGUGACAUACAGAAUUCCAGCUCUUCUCUAUAUCAGUGAGAAUAAAACAUUCCU